AUGAAGGUUGCCGAGAAGUUACCGAAUCACUUAAGGAACGUCUCCGAGCUAAAAGACAGAUUCAACAAUAUUGUGUGGUCUGAUCUUGUUGAACCUUCUGUCUUUGAGGAGAAUUGUCACCGUCUCAUGGAUGAUUAUGACCUUAGAGACAAUAGAUGGUUCAUAGACAUGUUUGCCUUAAGAGCCAAUUGGGUUCCUGCAUAUUUUCGAGACAUUAAGAUCAGUGGGCUCUUCAAGACAACCUCAAUGUCCAAGAGCGAGAACAGUUUCUUCAGACGGCACCUAAACCAAAAUGCAGAUUUGGUGCAACUAUAUAUGUAUUAUGUUGGAGCUAUGGAGGCACAAUGUAGUACAUAUGACACUAUAACUCUGGCAGACGAAACUGGUUCUCUUAAUCUGUUUACCCAGUUCCCCAUAGAACACCACGCAUCAACCGUAUACACGAAUAAAAUAUUCAAGGAGAAUGUGCAAGUGGAAAUUGUUUCUGUUGCAGCCACAUGCUUGAUUUCUCAGAUGUACGUGGAGAACAGUAUAAAUUUUUAUGAAGUUGAUGAUACGGUUGAUGGUGUCUCCAAGGUGUGUUAUAGCUCUGUUGAUGAUGAGUACACUUGCUCUUGUAAGUUGUUCAUUAGGAAGGCUCUCAUGUGCAGGCACAUCUUCUUUGUUAUGAGGACUAUGAAACUGACCCGCAUUCCAAACAAAUACAUUGCUGCAAGAUGGUCAAAGUUGUCCAGAGUUGUUGCACCUCCAGCUGAACAUGUUGCCCCUUCUGAUUCUACUGAAAAGAGUUUUUGUAGAAAUAAUCAUUUUUUCUUGGAACUAUGCAAAUCCAUGGGUCAUGUUAGAGGUGAUGCUCUUCCACGAAAAAUGAUUGGAAUGAUGAAGGAGAUGUUUGGCUUGAGGAUCAAAAUCCGAGCAUCCAAAGUUGAGCCCAGUGAUGCACGCAUAAUCCCGUGCAGUGAAACAAAGGGUCUGCCCAUAAAUAUGGAACCAUACUUCAUCCGGGAGUAUGAUAUCACCCUUCAAUUGACAGACUAUAAGAUAAUGGAGGGGGCUAUUGGAACUUCAUUUUCUCCUGUGUUUAAUCAAAUGGCCGAUAUGCAUCAAGUACUAUCUCAUUGA